GCUCGCCCGCUCGCUGCCGCCUGACCGGGACUAGGCGCUCUCCGGACAGCGGAUCAGGCUCGGAGCCCUAGAACCAGCGCGGAGCCCCACCAUGUCAACCACAGAAGCAGAGACGGAGCAGAGCCUCACCCCCAAUGUGAUGCUCAACUCGGAGAGCAGUGAGGGAUACGUGGUGAAGGUGCGGGGACUGCCUUGGUCCUGCUCCACCGAGGAGGUGCAGAGGUUCUUCUCCGAUUGCAAAAUCCUGAAUGGGGCUUUGGGAAUCCGUUUCAUCUACACCAGGGAGGGCAGACCAAGUGGAGAAGCAUUUGCUGAACUUGAGUCAGAGGAGGAUGUGAAAUUGGCCCUGAAAAAAGACAGAGAAACAAUGGGACACAGAUAUGUUGAAGUUUUCAAGUCAAACAACGUUGAAAUGGAUUGGGUUCUGAAGCAUACUGGUCCCAACAGCCCUGAUACAGCUAAUGAUGGUUUUGUACGUCUUAGAGGACUCCCAUUUGGCUGUAGUAAAGAAGAAAUUGUACAGUUUUUUUCAGGGUUGGAAAUCGUGCCAAAUGGGAUAACAUUGCCGGUGGACUUCCAGGGGAGGAGUACGGGGGAGGCCUUCGUGCAGUUUGCUUCACAGGAAAUAGCUGAAAAGGCUCUAAAGAAACACAAGGAAAGAAUAGGGCACAGGUACAUUGAGAUCUUCAAGAGUAGCCGAGCAGAGGUGCGCACUCACUACGACCCUCCCCGCAAGCUGUUGGCCAUGCAGAGACCUGGUCCGUACGACAGGCCCGGCCUGACGCGCGGGUACAACAGCCUGGGUAGAGGAAGUAGCUUGGAGAGAAUGAGGCGUGGAGCCUACGGAGGAGGUUAUGGAGGUUAUGAUGACUACAAUGGGUAUAAUGAUGGCUAUGGGUUUGGUUCUGAUAGAUUUGGAAGAGAAUGGACUCUUUUCUCCGCAGGGAUGUCGGACCACAGGUACGGCGACGGAUCGUCCACCUUCCAGAGCACGACCGGCCACUGCGUCCACAUGCGAGGUCUGCCCUACAGAGCCACGGAGAAUGACAUCUACAAUUUCUUCUCACCUCUGAACCCUGUAAGAGUACACAUUGAAAUCGGGCCAGAUGGCAGAGUAACCGGAGAGGCAGACGUUGAAUUUGCUACUCACGAGGACGCAGUGGCUGCUAUGUCCAAAGACAAAGCAAAUAUGCAACACAGAUACGUAGAACUCUUCCUGAAUUCUACAGCAGGAGGAACUGGUGGUGCCUAUGGCAGUCAGAUGAUGGGAGCAAUGGUCAAGGAGUCGGAAGGGGUAGUCCAAGAUUGGAACACUAGCACAUUGCCAGCACAAGUCUUAAAUGCCUGUUGCUGUUGUGCCUCUAAGACAGAUACCCUCCUGACACCAAGCUGGGCUGGUUUCGGAGAUGAAGGGAGCCAAUCCAGUUACGGUGCUCCAGGCAACCAGCAGCUGAGUGGGGGUUAUGGAGGAGGAUAUGGAGGUCAAAGCAGCAUGAGUGGCUAUGACCCCGGGAGCCAGGGCGCCAUGAACAGCAGCUACUACAGCAGUGGGAACCGCGCAUCCAUGGGAGUGAACGGCAUGGGCGGCAUGUCCAACAUGUCCAACAUGAGUGGUGGCUGGGGAAUGUAACCAAUCGCUGACUUUUGGUCACAUCUUUUUUAAAAAACAAAAAAACAAAAAACUAAGUUUAACAGUUUUGCAAUACAAGCUUGUGAUUUAUGCUUUACUGUAAGUGAAUUCAGGAUUGUUUUAAAACCUUUCGGGUUCAGUAUUUUUUGAACAUACAGAAAUGAACAUUCAUCUAGGAUGUAAUAACCAAGUAAAGACUAUAACUGUUAAACAAUUUGGAGCGUUUCUCAAGUUAGUUUUGUUGUAGGAGUGUAUUUAAGCAGUAAGCGUAUUUAGGUUAAAGCUGUUCAAAUUAUGUUAAAUGUUGCUCUUAUACCAUAUUACAUCCAACACUGUUUUGAAUACAUGUUGAAAGAGACAUGCUUUUUUGUAAAGAACCAAUAUAGGAGCUGUGUCUGAAAAUCAAAGUGAACAUUUGGCAUGUUAGUUCUAGUUUAUUUCUUUUAAUAUCCUGUAAGGCAUGUUAAAGCUUUUUUUUUUUAAGUUAAUGGGGGAAACAUGUUGAGACGCAAUACGGCUACUUUAGGAUUUUGGUCUUGGUGUUCGUAUAAAAUUCUGAGGCCUUGAUUUAAUCUUCCAUUGUAUUGUGAUUUCCUUUUUAGGUGUAUUGCGCUAAGUGAAACUUGUUAAAUAAAUCUUCCUUUUAAAAACUGGAACUCA